GAAACACUUGCGUCACUUCCUGUAAAAUGAGGUUACAGGUUUCAAAUCGUUCAUGAGUUGAUGGAUUUAAUCCACAAAUAAAUAAUUUCAAAGCUCAACAAAUGUGAUUGAACAUGAAUUACAUGCCGGGCACAGCCAGCCUCAUCGAGGACAUCGACAAGAAACACCUGGUCCUGCUGAGAGAUGGCAGAACGCUCAUCGGGAUCCUGAGAAGCAUCGAUCAGUUUGCUAACCUGGUCCUGCACCAGACGGUCGAGAGGAUCCACGUGGGGAAGAAAUUCGGAGACAUCCCUCGAGGGAUCUUCGUGGUCCGAGGAGAAAAUGUGGUCCUGCUGGGAGAAGUAGAUCUGGAUAAAGACUGCGAUCAGAUCCUGCAGCGAGUGUCGAUCGAGGAGAUCCUGGAGGAGCAGCGGGUGGAGCAGCAGGCCAAGCAGGAGUCGGAGCGCCUCAAGCUGCAGGCGGUGAAGGAGCGCGGCUUGUCCAUCCCCAAAGCUGACACGCUCGACGACUUCUGAGAGACAAUGUCCGUUUCCAGAGGAGUCAUGUUAGAUUAAAAAAGAGAAAGAAAGAAAGUUAAAAAAAAACUUUACAGAUUUUUUUUUAAGAGAUUUCAUCAAAACAAUAAUACAAUGACUUUGUUUAGUCUUUCUUUCUUUUUCUUUUUUAAUUUUCCCCUUUAAGCAGUCGCUUUGUAUUGACUGCAGCCGUCCGCCAUCUUUAAUUUCCUUUAUACGGAAAUGCAAAUGGACGAUGGACAAAAAAAAUGAGAAUAACAGAAGCACUUCAUUCUGAUGUCUUUUAGUUUCUACUUAACGAAAGAAUAAUGAUGAAAUCAUACUUUUUUUUUUUUUUUGCCAAUGUUGUGUCAAAUCAUGCUGUAGAACACUGAAGAGGGUUUGGUUGGAUUAAACGAACGUCGCAGACA